UCAGCGGCUGGCGCUCUGAACGGCGGCAGCAGCAGCAGCAGCAGCAUGAGCGGGCCGGAGAGCGGCGGGGGGCCGGGGCUGCCGCCGCUGCCCAAGAGCCUGAGCGGGCUGCUGAACUCCUCCUCGGGCGGCGGCGGGCGCUGGCGGGACCUGGAGCGGCUCUACGCGCAGAAAUCCCGCAUCCAGGACGAGCUGAGCCGGGGGCGGGCGAGCAGCGGCGGCGGCCGAGGCUCCCCCCGGCCGCCCAACCUGGACGCGGCGCUGGCCCUGCUCCGCAAAGAGAUGGUUGGCCUUCGGCAGCUGGAUAUGUCAUUGCUAUGUCAACUGUACUCCCUUUAUGAAUCAAUACAAGAAUACAAAGGGGCAUGCCAAGCUGUAUCUAGUGCAGACUGCACGUAUGCUUUGGAAAAUGGCUUUUUUGAUGAAGAAGAGGAAUAUUUCUAGGAACAACACAGCAGGGACAAAAGUGCAUGGAUCAGUCUUUCACCCUGUGUCUCCCAUUUCCAAGAAAGAUUGGAGACUGGAAUCUAUCUAGACAUCUCUUCUUGUGGGGUACACCCCCGCUACCUUACCUGUUGUUAAACUCAUUUAUUUUUGGCAGACUGUCAAUACAAGUUACACAUGCAUAAGCAACUUCUGGAAAGUGACGUGCUACACGUUUUGAGGAGUCCUCCAGCAUGUUUGACAGGUGGUAUCAUUUUUAAUUUGCAGGCUGGGUGUUUCCAACCUACAGAUUUUUGGCA